AUGUCAAAAUGGAAAGAAUUGGAGUUGAGUACACCGCUAGAUGUAAAUCUAUGGAUGUGCGAAGAGAAUUGGUGUAGCAUUAACUGGCCAAAUGAUAUUAUCCAAUGCCAAGUGGUCGAGUGGAACUUGACUAUCUUUCUUCCUUGGUCUAGUGGUGAUGAUUUCCGCUUGUCAUCUUGUGAUAAGCGCGGGAGACCGGGGUUCGAUUCCCCGAGGGAGAGUCAUCUUUUUUAUUUAUUUUAUAAAUUUAGUUUCUGGACUAAUGCAUCUUCUUUCUUCCUUUCUCUUCACCACCUCCGUACCUCCAGGCUACAUCAACAUUUGACUGGUUCAUAG